AUGACGCACAGGGAGAGAUGUACGGCUGGCAACCAGGUCACUCCGGAGCGAAAGUUGGUCUUUAGGAACAGAUGGCGACGGCAGCAGUGUAACGCGCGCGCUGUGGGCAGUGUGUUCCAGGAGAUGCUGUACGGGAUCUCGACGGGGUUCGGGUCCCCGCAGGUGCCGGUGGCGGAGAUCCUGGCGCGCGCCGUGCCCACCCUGCACUCGCCGCAGAAGCCCAAGAGCAGCAACUUCCUGCAGGUGCCCGACAUCGAGUCGCCCAGGCCCAAAAGCGUGCCCUCGUCGCCCAUGGUGAAGCGCGCCUUCUCCCGCCUGGGCAACCUCACCGCCGGCUGGGGCCGCUCCAUCCGCAAGCAGCAUUCCCAGCUGUCCGCCGACGACAAGAAGAAGUGGUCUUCGUCGCAGGACUGCUCCAACAAGGAGGGCAAGGACAAGGACAAGAAGGAGGCGCAGAUCCCGCAGUUGGCCGUGCCGCGGCUCAGCGUCUGUGCCGAUGCCCAGAAGGUGGACCGCGCCAAGCUCGCACAGACCGAGUUCCCCAUCAUCGAGUUCGACCCGGAGACGUUCCGCAUCCUGCUGGACUACCUGCACACCGGCUCGUGCCCGCUCACCUGCUCCAACAUCCCGGGCCUCAUCUGCGCCGCGGAGCACUACGACCUGCCCGAGCUGCUGCAGGCCUGCUUCCACCACGCCAAGCAGUUCCUGCGCAUCGACGUGGUUUGCGUGAUGCUGUGCGCCCUGGAGAACUACUACUGGCGGUACACGUCUGCGUCAGAGCUGGUCAACAUGAUACUUGCCUUCGUGGAGACCAGAGCGCACCAGCUGUUCCAAGUGCAAGACUUCAUGAUGCUGUCCGAGUCGAUGGUGCAGAUGAUCAUGUGCCGCAACCUGGAGAUCCCCGAGGUGCGCAAGUUCGAGGCGAUGCUGGGCUGGGCGCGCAACAAGAUCCGCACCAAGACCUCCUCCAAGAUGGAUGCCAAGCUCGAGUUCAAGUGCAUCAUGGAGCGCCUUGCUAGGGACCUCAAGCUGUACCGCAUCUCUCCGCAGGAGCUCAUCAAGAUCGUUCUGCCCAGCAAGGCGAUCAAGAAUGAGCGCAUCCUGGAGACACUGAUGUUCCAGGCAAACUCUGGAAUGUACCGUAUCCAGGACUCUUACCUGGAAGCGUGCCAGCAGCGGCUGCUGCAGAAGCAGGACUCGCGCUUCAGUGAGUGGGAGUCGUUCGACUAUGGGCUCUAA